AUGCAUGGCUCUGUUCUGACCGUGGCCGACAUGUUCCAUCGCGGUGACUAUCACAUCGACGUGUGCAUAAACGACUACCUGGAUGUGUACUGUCCUCACUACGAGGAGUCGGUUCCAGAGGAGCGGACGGAGCGGUACGUGCUCUACAUGGUCAACUAUGACGGCUACAGCACGUGCGACCACACGGCGAAGGGCUUCAAACGCUGGGAGUGCAACCGGCCCCACUCCCCCAACGGGCCACUGAAGUUCUCCGAGAAGUUCCAGCUCUUCACGCCCUUCUCCCUGGGCUUCGAGUUCAGACCGGGCAGAGAAUACUACUAUAUCUCGUCAACCAUUGCAGAGAAUGGGAGGAAAACAUGCCUGAAGCUCAAAGUUUUUGUUCGACCAUCAAACACCUGUAUCAAAACUACAGGUGCACAUGACCGCGUUUUUGACGUAAGCGACAAAGUAGACAAUACGUUAGAACCACGAGACGACACCAGCCACGAAUCCGCCGCGCCGCGUCGUGAAGAAACAAAUGCUGCAACACAUCUCCAAAAAGCCACUCUGCAGGCCGUGUCGUUGGCAUGCCUAGUCGCUCUCUAUGCUUUAUAG